AUGGAUGGUGAGUCGGGGAAUAUCGAUGAAUAUGAGCAAUAUGACUACGAUCGAGAAAAGGUAGUGUCCUCGAAAGGUGGGAGGAAUCGUGCGAAGAAUGAGAUGAAGCAUAAUUUCAGCUCGAAUCGUUCUGAUCGAAUUCAUAUCGAAAGUCAAAUUAAUAACCGCGACAAGCAGAUGGAAGCUGCGAGAAAGAAGUCGGAGUCCAGCGACUAA